AUGCCUGGAUACAUUCGCUCCAAUUGCCCUCAAUGUAAGCCUGGCCCUCCUGCUGCUCCGAUUUCUUUUGUAAAAUUGUUGUCAACCUGCCUUCAGGUUGACUACCCAUCUGAAAAUGAUGUCGCGUUGUUCCUCUCCACAACUACCACCCCCGAAUACCGAUCACUGAGACCUAUGGUGAAGGUCACCAUUGAAGACAAGACUGGCCUUGCUUUCGUCGAUUCUGGUGCAAAAUGUAGUAUUGUUGGUUCAAACUUGUUUCAACAUUUAAAUGAUAAACGACAUCCAUACACGGUGACUACUCUACAUAUGAUCUUCGCUGAUGGAAAAAGAGAAGUGGACGCAACAAUUUUCGAAUGUACCAUUCAAUCGAUGAAACGGUUUAGUGUAUUUCACACAUUCCCCUUAUCGCAUACGAAUAGCAAAAAUAUUUUGGGAGUUGACUUUAUUUUAAAAUUCAACCUGGUUUUAAACAUUCCUAAAAAGAUUGCUUAUUUUAAUGAUGAACGAUUACAAAUUAUAGCUCUAGCUCUUCAUAAGUAUUUCGAAUGCCUCAUUAUCUGUUCAACCAUAGUCCACAGAACCUGA